GGAUGGGCCGCGCUGCGAGAAGCCAACGCUAGCCAGCAAGGUGUGAAGAGUUGGCCAGAAUGACCAACUCCUCCUCCACGUCCGCCUCCUCCACCACUGGGGGGUCGCUGCUGCUGCUCUGUGAGGAAGAGGAGUCGUGGGCGGGCCGGCGCAUUCCCGUGUCCCUCCUGUACUCGGGCCUGGCCAUCGGGGGCACGCUGGCCAACGGCAUGGUCAUCUAUCUCGUGUCGUCCUUCCGAAAGCUGCAGACCACCAGCAACGCCUUCAUCGUGAACGGCUGCGCCGCGGACCUCAGUGUCUGCGCCCUCUGGAUGCCGCAGGAGGCGGUGCUCGGGCUCCUGCCCGCCGGCUCCGCGGAGCCCCCCGGGGACUGGGACGGCGCUGGGGGCAGCUACCGCCUGCUGCGGGGCGGGCUGCUGGGCCUCGGCCUCACCGUCUCCCUCCUGUCCCACUGCCUCAAUGAAGCCGCUGACGUGCACACCAGUAAUGAGUUGCCGUGA